CAGUUUGUACAGCGGCAGCGGUCAAAAGAGGAACCAUUUUUUGUGUUUGUUGGAGUAAAGGGGAAGAAAGACAAAAGGGAAGAAAAAAAAGGGAAAGCGGAGACACUCCAGCCCAGAAGCGGAAACCGGGCAAAGCAACCGACCAUCCCCAUCCUCAUCAUCAUCUUUCUUCCUGCUCCUACGCAACUUGGUCUUCAAUCAUACACCACCAUCCCUCUGUGCAGUUCUAUUCUUUCAAUACGCAUACCUCAAAACAACCUUCUCGACUUGCUUUUACGUCUCUUCCCACCAUGUUCGAAGACUCAGAUAACAACCUAUACCUCUUCACCUCCCUUACUGCGGGGUCAUCCCACAUCGUCACCGCAACGGCGACUCUGGAGAGAAUCCUCAAGGCGAACAAGCUGCCUUUCCUGGCCAUCGACGUCGCAACCAACGAUGUCGCUCGCAAGCUCUGGGGUCGUCGCGCCAAGGGCAAGAAGCUGCCGGGUCUAGUGAAAUUUGGCACCGUGAUUGGGGAUCUUGAAGAGGUCGAAGACUGGAACGAAUAUGGCGAGCUUCGCAUGCAAAUCAACAGCGUGCAACCCAUGGACAGCAUCUUCUCCUCAAGCGCGGUCGCGCAAUCCGAAUCUUCGACCCCCGCCGUUUCUACCCCUACCACUGAAACUCCGCCCGUGAAACAAAGCACUAUCAAGAUUCAGAGCCCCCCUGCUAAGGAGACCCCGAAGGAUGAAGCUGCCGCCGCUGCCAUGCGCCUGGCCAGCGAGGAAGCUGCCGCCAAGGCGAAAGGGCAAUCCACGAACGGCGACGCGAAGAACAUCCCCACCACCACAAUUACGAAUACUGUGCCGGCAGCGACUGAGUCGAAGCCGGUAGAGCCCGCUGCGACGACUGUGAAUGCUCCUGUUGAGACGCAAGAUAUCGCACCUGGGGCUAUGGACAUUCCCGCUUCUCAGGAGUCUCGCCCGAAGCGGCCCCCUUUGUUGGUCCCUGAGAUCGCCGCGGAGUCGUCUGCCAACAUUCGUGCAGACGCUGCGGUAGUCGAACACCAUCGGGGAUCUAUUGUCUCGGCCACCUCCCCUGAGGAGCAGGCCAAGGUGGCCCACGAUUUGCGUAAGUCUAUCUCCGGUGGUCACCAGGAGCUUCUGAACUCGCUGCGCGAAGAUGUUGCGGCCGGAGCCAACCAGGAGGAAACGAUCGAGGAGGAGCCGCUCGGCGAAGAGAAGGAGGAGAAGGCAGAGGCGGCGGCGGCGGACGUUGGCAAAGACGGCCACUAGACUCAGGCAGGCUUUCAUUGUGGUUUCUGUCGCAGGACGAUAGCAUUCAGCUCUCUCUCGCCUUUGUGUAUGUGUGCGCGUCACCGACGCAUGACAUUAUGGCGUGAUUCUUUCUACAUUCCAUGUACAGAUACCAGAUUUUAUUUCUUUAUUUCUGCUUUGCUCCUUUGCUCAUUCAGAGACUGUAUGCUUGACUCUUGUCAAUCG